AUGGCCCCUCAUCCUGGGAGCGAGGCAGAAUAUCUCAAGGAGAAAGCUAGGAGAGACCUCCUUGGCCUCCUAGAAGGGGUUCGCGGGAAGAAGAAUCUUGUGGUCAGCAAAGACCUGGCCGGGCCUGUGGGCCUCUUUGUGAAGUUUUCCGUACUCCAGGAAUAUGGGGUAGAUCGAGUAUUCUUACUUGAGAAUGCGAAUGUUGAUUCCUCUCAACGGAAUGUUAUAUUCCUGAUCCAUGCAGAGAAGCCAAGCCAUGUACAAUCUGCUGCUGAUCAAAUAAAAAAGCUGCAGAAAAAUGAGUCCAACAUUGAACAUGAGUUCUCUGUCUUUUGGGUACCCAGACGCACUCUGGUGUCUAAUCAAAUAUUGGAAGAAGAAGGCAUUAUAGGAGACGUCAAUAUUGCAGACUUUCCUUUGUAUUUUCUCCCCCUUGAAAAUGACGUUCUUUCUCUUGAGCUGCCAGAUGCAUUCAGUGAUUUAUACCUGGAUCAUAACCCCCAACCAAUUCAUCUCACAGCCAAAGCCUUGAUGCAAAUCCAAUUACGACAUGGAUAUUUCCCUCGAAUUGUCGGUAAAGGAGACAAUGCUCGAAAAGUUGUCGAUCAAUUGCUCCGAAUGAGGAGAGAAUUAGAUGCUGAGGGCGGUUUGGGUGGCUCGGGAGGCAAGCUCAUGGCGAGCAACACGAUUGAGAGCCUAAUCAUAAUCGAUAGGGAUGUAGAUUUUGCUACGGUUCUCAUGACGCAGCUGACUUAUGAGGGGCUUGUGGACGAACUUUUCGGGAUCAACCACAACCACACGGAAGUUGAUACCUCAAUAAUUGGAUCUGCCGCCCCUCAAGCCUCGUCCAACGCUUCGAGCACGUCUAAGCAAAGCCUGAAGAGAAAGGUUCAAAUUGAUUCAUCAGACCAACUAUUUUCUCAGCUUCGUGAUGCAAAUUUCGCAAUUGUUGGUGGAAUACUAAACAAAGUUGCAAGGAGGCUCGAGAGUGACUACGACAGCCGACAUGGAGCUAAAUCGACCUCGGAGCUACGUGAAUUUGUCAACAAACUACCUGCCUACCAAGCAGAGCACAGUAGCUUAAAGAUUCACACCAACCUUGCCGAAGAAAUCAUGCGUCAUACUCGGUCAGAUACAUUCCGCCGGAACCUGGGAGUACAGCAGAACAUCGCCGCGGGUGCAGAUUCCACAUCCCAAUAUGAUACUAUUGAAGAACUAAUCGCUCGUGAUGUUCCAAUUACCACCGUUUUAAGGUUGUUAUGCAUUGAAUCCUGUAUCAACGGCGGCCUUCGGCCCCGAGACUUGGAUAACUUCAAGAAACAAAUUCUCCAGGGAUAUGGCUACCAGCACCUUCUGACUUUAAGCAACCUAGAAAAGAUGGAGCUUUUACAACCCAAAGUUUCCUCGAGCGGCAUUUUACUCCCGGGUGGUUCAAAUAGUGCUGCAGGUACGAAAACGAAUUACAAUACGCUCCGCAAGUCACUCCGCCUGAUUGUGGAUGAAGUUGAUGAGCAAAACCCAAAUGAUAUAUCCUACGUUUACAGCGGGUACGCUCCUUUAAGUGUUCGGCUUGUUCAAUGUGUGUUACAGAAGCCAUAUGUCCAGGCACUUGUGAAAGGCAACCCUUCACCGCAAGCUGCUGCUGCCGCCGCCAGUGCGGCAUCAACGACUCCGGGCUGGCUAGGGUUUGAAGACAUUGUGAAGAGUGCCCGAGGGCCAAGUUUCAAUAUAGUUCCGAAGGGUGAUGAAAAGGCUGCCCGUGCUCGUCAGACUUUAACGGGGUCUGGAGGGGCUAAGACAGUUUUUGUAUUCUUCUUGGGUGGCAUAACAUUCACUGAAAUUGCUGCAUUGCGAUUUAUUGCCCAGCAAGAGUCUGGACGCCGGAAUAUUGUUAUAUGUACUACAGCGAUUUUGAACGGAGACAGGAUGAUCAAGGCGGGGAUGGAGCAAGGAAGUUUUGCAAAGUCUGCGUCAUAA